GCACCAACUGCCGUGGAGAUGAAGGACCAUUUGACUUUCUUCACAUGUGUUCCUGGGACAAGGCUUCUUCGAUAGGCGGGCAUGAAGUAGAUCAUGACGCAGCAUCUUCAAGAACUACGAUCAGCAGAGGGACAAUAAGAAGUGGUGGUCGCAUAACGAUACCGGCACCAAUUUUGCAAGAACUAGUCAACGACAAGGAAGAAGAGCGAGAUGUACAAAAACGACCCUGUGGUGCUGGUGCAUUCCUGGACGAGGAUAUUCUGGUGCGCCAUCAACAUGCCGGCAGUCUUUAUUCGGCGUCGACUCCGCUGGGCAGACCCAAUCUUCACGCUGCGACGCGAACAGCACUCAGCCCCGCGAGUUGUGUAGUGAGCUGGCACUGCUAGUAUUAACCUUAAGCAACCAGGACGAACGUUCAACGACGGAUACUAGAAGCCAGCAGUUAUGUAUUGCACUAGUUCUUGCCCCAUUACGACCUCAUUACAUCACACCACUUGACGAGAGCAGCCUUUUCUUCACCUCAUUUUGCCAGUAAGUACGCGACGAACCGUAAAGUUAUAGACCGAAGCAGCAGCAAUUAUCCAGGGCCGCGACCAUGUCUUCUAAUACGCCACUUGACGAAAAUAUUGGGAGCGAUGCCCUGCUCGCCCCCGUUUCUUCGCCUGCGGACGUCGACCCAGAAAAUGGUGAGGACAUGAUCAUGACACCGCAAGGCGCGCAAUUUUCCAGCCCCUUGGAAACAAGCAUGGUGGAAGUAGAUGAGAAUGAUGAACAAGAAGAGCACCUGUUCCAGGAGGAAGACGGGGAGCAAGAAGAACUUCCCGCACUUGAUGUUGGUGCUGAAGGUAUUCCUACCCAAGAAGACGACACAGCACGUCCAGAGCCAGGUCCUGUUGUCGAAGAGGAGGAGGGGCAAGUUUAUGAAGAUGAAGAUGACAAUGCACAUGCACAUCAACCACAAGCAUCACACGCCCAGCUACCGUCCAGUAGUAACCUCGAAGAGCUUGACGGCCAAGCUCCGACGCAAAGCGUGGAGCCUAAAACUGGCUCGUCUUACCCCAGAACCCAUCGGAAAGUCCGUUCUCGGCCCGCCGAAAAUGAAGAUUCAGCAACCGACGCAGCAGCUGAGGAUGUGUUUGAUGUGGAGCAAAGUGAAGUAGCACAACAAGGCGAAAAUCAAAUAAGCGAAGGUAAGCCAGUCAAAUCUUCGACUUCGUCGUCGAGUUCAAAGCUG